AUGGAGGAUCCCAUUUUGAAGAUCUCCAUGAUGUCAUCCACGUCCCCCACAGUCUCCUCCAGGAGCAGCUCCACAGAGGAGAGCCAAGGAGGUAAAAGUCCAGCUCCUGGUAAGAGCCUGGCUCAAGGCCUGCUAUGUAAGGUGUGUGCGGACACUAGCAGUGGAAAACACUAUGGGAUUUAUGCCUGCAAUGGCUGCAGUGGCUUCUUCAAGCGCAGUGUGAGACGUCGAUUAAUCUACAGGUGCCAAGCUGGUACAGGUAUGUGUCCAGUAGAUAAAGCCCAUCGUAACCAGUGCCAGGCAUGUCGCCUUAAGAAAUGCCUUCAAGCUGGCAUGAACAAAGAUGCUGUACAGAAUGAGAGGCAACCACGGAGCACAGCUCAGGUCAGAUUAGACACCUUGGAUAUAGAUACGGAGAAGGAACACCUAGCCACCACCAGGGAGCCCACAUCCUCUUCGUCCACCUGCUCUGUGAUAAACAGACCUUUACUUGGGUCCUCCAUUAGUUCCAGCAUCAACUCCAUUGGCCCCAGUCAGCGCAGCAGCAGCCCCAAGAACAGCCACCGCUUCAUGGCCAGUCUGAUGACAGCUGAGACAUGCGCCAAACUCGAGCCGGAGGAUGUGGAUGAGAACAUUGAUGUAACAAGUAAUGAGCCGGAGACAAGCUCUCCAGAGGGCAACACAACUCUCUAUUCCUAUUCUGGCCCUGAAAGCAUAUAUGAGACCGCUGCUCGACUACUCUUCAUGUCUGUCAAAUGGGCAAAGAACUUGCCAGUCUUCUCCCACCUGCCAUUUCGAGAUCAGGUGAUACUGCUAGAGGAGGCAUGGAGUGAGCUAUUCCUCCUCUGUGCCAUCCAGUGGUCCUUGCCACUGGAAAGUUGCCCCCUGCUUUCUUUACCCGAGCUGUCGCCUCCCUCACAGGGCAAAAGCAGCCCCUGUACCUCGGACAUGCGCCUCCUGCAGGAGCUCUUCAGCCGCUUCAAAGCUCUGCAGGUGGAUCCUACAGAGUUCGCCUGUCUGAAAGCAAUAGUUCUCUUCAAGCCUGAAACAAGUGGCCUCAAAGACCCAGAACAGGUUGAGAAUCUACAAGACCAGUCUCAAGUAAUGCUUGCUCAGCAUAUACACACACUCUACUCCAAUCAAGCAGCAAGGUUUGGGAGGCUGCUGUUGCUCCUUCCCUCUUUACACUUUGUAAGUUCAGAGAGGAUCGAAUGUCUCUUCUUCCACAGAACCAUCGGAAACACACCCAUGGAGAAGUUGCUCUGUGACAUGUUUAAGAACUGA